AUAGGCCUAGCGGUCGUUUGUGGAAUGUUCACCUUCGAAAUCGUGCCGUACAUGAGAAAUUUUGCAUCCGAACAGCUUUGUGCUGUUACUUCGUAUGGUACGCUAAUUGUUCUCUAUUCAGUGGUUCCUUGAUUUGUUAUGCUGCUAGGAAUCGUUGUUUAGCGGAGCAUAGCAUCGUUACAUAUUGCCUAUGGCGAGUCUGACGUCUCUAAAGUUAGGGUGUUGUCAAGCCUCGCACGAUUUGAAUAUUUCUCUUCGCUUGGUUGGAACCACGAAAUAAAAGCACAUUCGAGAGCCAACACGGCAUAGAUACUCUUCCCCAUAAGUUCAAAGCACGCAUUGCCGAGUCAUUUCAGCGCAAACAAGUUCUGAGCCGCCAUGAUUAAGAUUAUCACAACGUUCAUGAACGCCUUGACGGCCAUGUUGAUGGGAUGUCUGUGUCUUGCCACCGACUAUUGGAAAGUUUGGUGGGAGCAAAACACAGCUGCAAAUCUACAGCGAUUUAACAACGAAGGCCUGUUUUUCACAUGCAAUGAAGGCGUGAUAAGAAAUGCGACAAGCGGUGUAACUUACACUGUUGUGAACCACCAGUGUGCCGAAAUGGGAACGAGAUUUGAUUGGACUGGUGCUGUCAUUGCUUUCCUCGUACUUGCUCUCCUGUGCCACUUUGUUGCCUUUGUUCUUGCCAUGGUGAAUGCUUGUCGCAAGGGUGAACCCUUCCCUGUCUUCUGGGUGUGUGGACUUUUCAUGAUUGCUGCCAUCUUUGUCAUCAUUGGUCUGCUUGUCUACACCUUCUCUAACUGGAAAAAUGACGUGUACUUCAGUUGGUCAUAUGGUGGUGGAUGGUCAACUGUGGCAUUAUCCAUUAUAGCCUUUGUUUUGAUAAUGGCAGAUCGCUGAUGGAAACACAGCUCCUUUGGUCAAACAGUACCUUUAACAAUUACACCAUCUUUAGUACAGCAUAUUUCCUAACAAGAUGGCUUAUCACGAAGACUUUUCCAGUUGACUGCAAAAUUGAAUGGAUGAACAGUCCACUCUUUAUCAUGGACAUUCUUGAGGACAUUGUUUAGUUGAAAGUUAGUCAUUUCUUUUUAGUUCUGUUUUGUAGGGGGUUAUUUUAUGAUAACAGGGUGUCUGUAAUAGAGAGCUGUUAGUGCUGCAUUUAAAUGUAGCUUUGUUCAACUCAAAUUAUUCCUCAAAAUUUUAAGAAACUUUGUAAUAGUAGCAAAUAGAAGUUUUGUUCAGAAACGGGUGCCUUCUGAAGCAGUAAUCAUGCUGGUGGCAUGUAGAAUUGAAUCUUAAUUACCCAGACUUAGAAGUCAUAUGCAAUAUAUAAUGCAUAUUAUAAGUUGGAACACUUGACGUUUUCCACCCUAAAGGCUGGGUCUCUCUGAUGUGCAAGUACAAUGGCAGUAAUUUUCAAAUUCACACUGGAAUUCAAACGCAAGAACAAAAGAACACAAAUGCUUGAUUUUCUUGCACUUGUGUCUGAUUGAUCCUUGUCUGUUGCUCUUGAGCUUGUGUCCUUGUGAGAACGAGACUAAACAUCCAUAGAGUUUUUCAGUAAGAGUCUACUGUCCAACCUUUUGCAUUGUAUUGUAGUGUGGACUCUGGAAGUUUUUAAUUGGAUAUACAUAUACAUUUAAAAAAAUUAGAUGUGGUCUGGGUGAUUGAGAUUUUCAAUAUUUAGUCCAACUACACCAGUAUUUAUAUUUAUACUUAUUAGCAGGUAAACAUAUUUUUUGAAAGCUAACAGUGUUAAGAUAAAAUAAAAUAGCAAGGAUAUAGGAUAUAAUGUUUUCUAGAUAGCCUUUGUGUAUGAUAAGGUUAACAAUAAAUCUUCCGCGCAUCUAAAAAAAUGACAUUGCAGGGAUCUGUAAUGUCUGUUGAAGGAGGAGAGAGGGAGAGAAGUGAAAGUUGUUUUGUGAAAGUCAUCAUUUAUAAUAAUAACAAUGUUUUAUAUGUCUGUAUAUCAGCAAUGUAUCAUGUAGUGGUAGUGCAUAUAGUAGAAAACUAGUGGGCUUGCUUUUUUGGCUUUGUUGAUAGAGAUGUAGAUCUAUUACUCAGUAGGAGUUAAAAAACUGAAAGACCACAGAAUGCUAGAGAAAACCCUGAAUGGAGGUAUAAAUAAAGCUGGUUAUAGCUUGCAGUUGUUAACGAUUAACUAAUGCCUUCAUAGGCAUUCUAGUGUACAUUAAAAUAUCACCUUUGUA